AAAGAGAGGCAUAAAUUCAUCUGAACAUGAUAUUGGAAGAAAUUGUGACGCCACGCUUUCAGAAUGUUGGGCAUGAAAAUGUCAGGAAAGAAUUCCCAUCUGAAGAAAAUUGUGACGUCAGUGAUCGACGGAAAGUCAUACCUAAUUAUAUACUGCCGGCAGAAAGUACACACAUGAAUAAUGGACUUAGACACGUCAAGGAAUCAAUAACCAGGUAAUCUACAAUAAAUGGUUGCUACACGUGCUUGUCUGUGAAAAGCACGUUCCUAUUCUGCCAUGGGAAGUCAUACAACUGUAUCGAGUUUUAAAAGAACACUGUUUGCAUGAACUCUUGAUCGCCAUAGAAUAUUGUUACAUAAUAUAUUGUAGUAAUAAGGGACUACACGUUUUUAUCUGAUCAUUAUCAUUCUUGCUAUGCGGUGAAUACGAGGAUAAUACACUUAUACGGAGAAGCGCAAGAGAAUAAUUGCACGAAAGACGGAUGUAUGAAGGGGACACUCAUGUACUUGUCUAUAACGUAAGGAUCGGAGUCAUAUGGUACGUACAUUGUGGGAAAUUAUGCAUGCAGGAAUCCCCGGGGAUGAAUCACAUGUGCUUGGCGAUACAUGAUUGAUAUUCAUAGGAAAUAUACUAUUGAAGUGAUUGGGAUGAGGAAGUAUUAUACUGCAUAAUUUAAGGCCACGUUUCAACAUCGAAAGAACGAUCUUGCGGUCAAACGAAAAAAAAAAUUCCGGGAAAACAAAAUCCUCUUUCACAUGCAGUUUCACAAUACAGCCUGUAUUAAAGACGAACAUACAGUGAGAGACAUGGACAGCCGUUUGGGAUAUUCAGUACUCAGGAAUUUUGACUAUUCCCAACCAUUUGAAGAAGGUGUUUUAAACCGAGGAAGACACUGUCAUAACAAUGCACAUAUCGUCAGCAAAACGUGCCUAGAUUUAUUCUUGCCAACUUCUGCUGUAAAGACGACGUCCGAGCACAAGGCGGUGCGUAGUGAUCGUCGUGUGUGUGAAGAAUCGCCAAACAAGGGAUGGGAGGGUUCAACAUCUUCUCUGGACAGCAAGUGCAUUUCAGGCGGGAAAGAGACUUUGAUAAAAGAUCAAAGAAAUAUAAGAAGCGAGGAGGUAGAAUCGACUGCCUCCUCUUGCACAAGUGGCCUUAACACCACUCCAAAUGAUCUAACUUCUUCCGACGAAAUUGUAAAACAGCGUUAUAUAAAUGGCGCAAUCGGAGGCAAGCGACCACGCCCACCACCCCUUGUGGUGUUCGCAUACGGUGGAGGAUGGCGACGAGGCGACAAGCAAACCUGGCGCCACUACAUAUCACGAUGGGAAUGCAACUUUAGCCUGGCGGCCCUGGUCGGCUGUGACCGCUUAUACAGCAACAUCGGAGAGAGUUUUGCCAGUCAGGGAUUUGCUUGUGCUGUCCUAUCCUAUCCGAUCGCACCAACCCCGUGGUUUAUUCAUCUCAUUGAGAUGGCGAUAUCAUUGGCGUACGCCCUCGCCUACUGGAUUCUAGCAGCUAUCUUCCUUCUGUUAGUCUUGGAGGUCUUGCCAAUGGGUUACUUUUGGGGCAUUCCUCCAAGAGUUCCAGCCAUCCCUCUAAUAGCAGGGGUGAUUACAGUAUCACAAUGGAUUACUCUUGCGAUCAUGAUCUCUCGCGAGUUAUACUUGGACAGGCAACAUCUCUCAGACAAGAGCAAGACAAUGUCACUAAAAAUGCCAAUUUUUAUAGCACUUGCAGCAACAUUCGCGAUGGUGUCAAGACUAGACAUUUACACAUUGGCAGAAAACAAUGUUCUCUCACUUUUACUCUCAGGAAUACUACUUCUUGCCGUUCAAUGCCUAAUCUUCUAUUUUAGGCAGUCAACGGCCUUUGACCUUGGGCCGAAACUGGUUACCACAGCGAAGGGUCAAGUGGAGUGCAUAUCUCAUGCUUUGAGGUGGCUUGUAGACUAUGGACGGUCAACCGGGCGCUUUGAUCCAGAAUCAUUGGUCCUCAUGGGUCACUCGGCUGGUGGACAUCUGGUGACCCUUAUAGCCCUUGACCAUCACUAUCUGACUGAUGUUGGAAUAUCUCCAGAUGUUAUUAAGGGUGUUAUCACUUUGUCAGCUGUGCAUGAUCUUCUGAGUAUAAGCAAAGGAUUCUUCUAUCAUAUCUACCUAAAGCCAGCAUUUGGAACAGAUCCUUCUUACUGGGCAACCAUGUCACCAAUUGAAUAUGUCAAGCGGCUUGAUGAGAAUAAGAAUGCACCUUCUGCUGCAAGCCAGUCUUCAUUACAUUCAUCAAAGUCAUCUGUAGGGGAAUCGUCGUCUGCAUCAUCUCCUUCUUUGUCAACGAUACAGUUCACAGAUAAAACAGGUGCCUCACAGUGA